AUGGGCGAUGACUUCAAAGUGCCGUUGUUACCAAAUCGAAUGGCAGUAGUGCCAAGUGGUACAGAUAAAAAGAAUGAACAACAAAGGACUUCGAAACUGCAGGCUCCCAUCAUGUUGUUAACGGGUCAUGAAGAGGAGAUCUUUGCAGCUCGUUUCAGCACGGAUGGGACAUGUCUUGCAAGUGCUGGAUUUGAUCAGAAAAUUUUCCUCUGGAAUGUUUAUGGAGAGUGUGAGAAUUUUUCAAUGUUACGUGGCCAUACCGGGGCUGUCAUGGAUGUGCAUUUCAAUACAGAUUCAAGUUUGCUGGUUUCUGCUGCUACUGAUAAGACCGUUCGG